AUGUCGCCUGCUUACAUUGAAGCAUUACCCCAGGGCCGACACCAACUCGUGGUUCCCGACAGCGGUGGGAAGAGUCGACCUUUCUUCUGCCUCCCUGCCGAAAUCAACAACUCUUCCUUCUCGGACCCGUCCUUUAUCUCCACUGUCUUCCCUCGUUUGAAGAAACAGGGGUUCAAUACGCUACUCUGCGGAGUCGGGUGGGAACAGAUCGAACCUACCGAAGAUGAUUUCAGCUUCGAGCGUCUAGACGCAUGUAUACAAACAGCUAGAGCAGAGGGUCUCAGACUGGUUCUGCUGUGGUUCGGAGCUUUCAAGAAUGGCCAGUCGCAAUACGCCCCUCGUUGGGUCAAACUAAACCCAAGCAGAUUCCCUCGCGUCAUGGCCCAGACCUCGCUUCUCCCAUCGGAGAUCCUGUCCGUCUUUCAUGAGACCACGUCGGCAGCCGAAUCCCGAGCUUUCUCUCGGUUGAUGCGCCAUUUGAAAGAAACGGAUGAGGCACAUGGAACCGUCAUCAUGGUCCAGGUCGAGAACGAGGUUGGCGUGUUAGAGGAUUCGAGAGACCGGAGCCGAGCGGCACAAGAGGCCUUCGACAGUGAAGUGCCGGAGCUGCUAGCGCGCUUUCUGACCGACGAAUGGGAAACGCUCCAUUCAGCUCUUCGUGGAAAUCUGGAAAUUUUCAAGCGAAAUGCCAAAGAAGGCCCGUCGCAUCUAUCUUGGUCUCAACUCUUCGGUGGAAAUGACCAGACAGACGAAAUCUUCAUGGCUUAUCACUAUGCGCGCUAUGUCGAGACGAUCGCGUCGGCUGGGAAAAAGGAGUAUGGCCUGCCGAUGUUCACCAACGCAUGGUUGCGCAGCGAUCAGACGGCAGUCAAAGAUGACGAGCAGAGUGGUACAGCCUCACCUGCAAUCGUCACCAACGGGACUAAACCAGGAGAAUACCCUUCUGGAGGUCCGAUCGAAACCGUUCUCGAUAUUUGGCAACUCGUCGCCAAGAGCCUGGACUUUUUCUCCCCCGAUUGCUACUUCCAAGAUUACGAGAAGACUUGCGCCAACUUCUCCCAUCGCUCCCAGCCGCUGUUCAUUCCUGAGCAGCGUGCGGACGGUGUUGGAGCUAUCCGAAUAUGGGAAGCGAUAGGUACUUUCGGUGCGUUUGGCGCUUCCCCGUUCGGGAUUGAUUCGGUUCCCAACGAGCUGAAUGGCUUUCCGCCUCACCUUGAGCUGUUGAACCGAGUCGGCCCCAUCAUAUUGCGCGCUCGUCAACUGGGUCAGUCGAUGAGAGGUUUCUACUUUGACGAGUAUGAAAAGGACUCGCCAGAUCCAUCUCCACCCAAAAGGUUCACGAUGGGUGAAUGGAACGUCCUCGUCGAAAGAGCUUUCGUAUGCGGUCACCCCGCCGCAGGAUAUGGAAUGAUCAUUCAAAUCGAACACGAUCGCUUUCUGCUUAUCGGCGCUGGAUUCCAAGUGAAAAUUACCCCUCGUGACCCAGACGCCCUCAUAUUCGGGAUCGCCUCAUGUCAGGAAAAACAGGUCGUCAAAAGUGACACCGGUUCGGAUAACGAGUUCACCUUGGAAACGCUGAGGUGGCUGAACGGCGACGAGACUCGCCAAGGUGGCUAUACGGUCAUGCCGACCGAGAACCCCGACUAUGGCGAUGUCCCUAUCGCCAUGUCGAUUCCUGCUAGGACCAAGAUUGCUGAAUGUCAGCCAUAUGUUGUCAAAUAAAGGCGCGGGAACGAGGCUGCC